CAUCAGUAUGUUUGCACUGCUGGGAUAUGGAAAACAUGGAAAUCUUCGUACUGUCCGUGCUUUUGGCUGCCUGUUCAGCAAUUGAUGUUCAGCUGGGUCCGCUAGGUGACAACUUUCUGGAGCAACCGUGUGGCACUGUUCCAAAUUUUAAAUACAAAAUUAUUGGAGGACACAACGCCCCAGUGGCCACCGCUCCCUGGAUGGCCAUGGUCAUCGGGGAAAAGGGUUUCAUCUGCGGAGGCUCACUAAUCGCCAAACGCUUCGUACUGACGGCUGCUCAUUGUGUGGGCAACGAAGAUCUAAAGGUCCACCUCGGGGUACUCGACCAAGAAGAAGCAAAGGCAUCAAAUGAGUUCGAUGUUGAUGGAAUGUUUGUCCAUAUGGAUAGUGAUCUUGGCAAGCACGAUAUAGCUCUGUUGAGACUGGCCAAGCCAGUGCCAUAUGCUGAUAAGGUCAGUCCGAUCUGCGUGCUGCUGGACCCGCUUUUCAAAAACUUGGAUGAGCACAUUAUCAAGUUCAGAACCUACGGCUGGGGCCAAACCCAAUCUAGUAACUCUAGUCGCAUGCUCCAGAAGACAUCGCUCUUUAAUCUUCGCCGAUCCGAGUGCUCGAUACUAUUUCCCCACCUGGAGAUCGAUCGGAAUCAUGUCUGUGCGGAACGUGCUAAUGCCAGCACUUGUAGUGGCGAUUCCGGUGGUCCUCUGACCGCCAUCGUUACCUAUGACCAUGUCCCAACGGUGUUCCAGUUCGGAGUCACCAGCUACGGUUUUGAAGACUGCUCCAAAGCCACUGUCUUUACAAACGUAAUGGCCCAUUUGGACUGGAUCGUUAAUACCGUGCGCCGAGAAGGGAAUUUGUAACCUUAUCAAAAAUUUUAAUUCAGUGUUAAAAGUUGAACUAAUAAAUCCAUU